AUGAAGACUCUUGUCAACGUGUUGCGUUGGACUGUGGCCAUGUGGGCUGCGGUCAGUGUGGGGGUGUUGUGGUGUGUGGUGGGUGUCGCGAGCGGCACUGACCCUGCUCCACCAGCAGUCCCUGCAGUGGUGAUUGAUUUUGGUGCGUGUGGGGCAUUCAACCCUGCGUCGUUGACCACGACGGUGCCGUAUUGGGACCAAGCCGACAAGUGUGGAGCUUGUGUGGCGACGUCCGGGUGCGGGUUCUGUCACUCGACGAUGCAGUGUUUGCCAGGCACGACUGCGGGUCCGUCUGUGGAGGUACCGUGUCCGGAUUGGCUGUUUGCCAGUGCGGACGCGUGCCCCCAGAACCCGCAUUGCGACCGACUGGUGGACUGCACCAGUUGUGCCGUUGCUGACUCUUGUGCGUGGUGUGCGUCCAAGUCCUUGUGCCUUACGGCAGAGGAUACGUAUACCGCGGCUUGUCGCGGCACGGUGUUCGACCUGCCUUGUCCGACCACGUAUGUGGCUGACAAUCAAGUCGUGGGUAAUUUGGCCGUGGUCGCAGACCCGGUGUUUGGGGGAGGAGGUCUUGUUGUGCAAGGCCCUCGCCCCUACGAUAAUGAUUCCUACCGUACGUCGGUAGAUGCGGCCGGCGUGUCAGUGGACUCUGCCGGGCCGAUUGAUUUGAGGGCUGGCAAUGGCACGACGAUGAACGUGGCAGGCGGCGCAGUGAACAUUCAAGCUGGCAGCGGGACCAACAUCAACCGUGGCAAAGGCGGGUCGGUGUCGAUUUCUGCCGGGGACGCGUAUGGCCUUAAGCUUCAAGGUGGAUCCGCUGUCGGUGGGGACGUGGCGGUGAGCGCAGGCCAGUCGAAGGAAGGCGUAGGCGGGAACAUCAAGUUGACGGGCGGGUCUUCGUCUGUCACUGGCGGAUCGAUUUUUCUUGUGUCGGGCGGGUCGACCACGGCUCGCAGUGGGACAAUUACGUUGUCGACGGCUGCCGCUCCGAUUCUGAGUGGGCCAGUUGUGUUUACGACUGGUAAGGCGUCUUCCAGCGGCACCCUCAGCAUUUCGUCGGGGGAUGCCAGCAUUGCCGGAGCGGUUUCGAUGCAACCCGGAGCUUCAACCGCAGUGGGAGCCGCCGGCGCGAAAAUUUCAGUGGUGGGGAGCACGGCGGCCACUGCGACGGGCGGUACGGUCAAAGUGCUUUCGGGUACUUCGAGCCUCACCUCCAGCGGAGACGUCACGGUGCUCACAGCUGGCGCACCCGUCCAGUCGGGAAACGUGCUCGUGGGCACAGGGACCGCCGCGAAGGGCGUCUCGGGGUCGGUGUAUGUGGCCACGGGUAGUACGUCGGACGCGUCCAAAAUGCCUGCUGGGGACAUUGUGUUUGUGGUUGGCCAAGACAGCGGCGCGCUGCAAAGUGGCUCGGUUAUUGCUACUGGUGGGGCGACCAAGGGCGGUGCGGCCGGCGGUAUUCAAUUGAGUGGUGGCGACAUCCUUGGCCCGUCCAUCGAUAUUACCUCUCAUGGCGGUGUGAUUGAAAUUCGAGGAGGGAGUUCGAAGACGUCGGUUCCUACCAGUCAAGGAGGUGAUAUCCGACUUUCUGGGGGCAGUGCCUUGGCUGGAGUUGGAGGUGCCAUUGCGCUGACUUCCGGUCGAUCCGAAGCCAGCAAUAGUGGCGAUGUCAUGGUUAACACCGCGGUAGCCCAGACCGACAGCGGCACCAUUGACAUUACGACUGGCGCGGUGACGUUUGGCCAAUCGGGGGACUUGUCCCUGAACACUGGCAAUGCGCUGCAAGGCAGGGCCGGUGUAGUGCAGAUUCAAUCGGGUAUGAGUCAAGGGGGCGCUGGGUCGGACAUUAGCUUGAAGUCUGGAGCCAGUGCGUCCAUGGCGGGCGGCAACAUCGUGCUCGAAAGCGGCCAGUCUGGAACUGCCACGAGCGGCGAGAUCAAGGUUGGAUCUGCUGACUCGUCGACAUCCGGGGCGUUGACGUUUUCGACGGGGAAAUCCCUGGACGGACCCAGUGGCCCUAUUCGCGUCCGCUCGGGGGACUCGGUCUCCGGCACCGUUGGCAGCAUCGAAGUCACUGCGGGCACAGGAAAGCAAUCGAUCAUUUCGAUCAAACUGGCGGGCGGUACGACCAAUACCCCCAACACACAGGGCGGCAAUGUGCAAAUUCAAUCCGGAGAUGGCACGUCGUUGGAUGCUGGUCGAGGGGGAGACAUGAGCAUCAAGGCCGGGGCUGGCUCGGGUGUGCACACCAGUGCGCAUGGAGUUGGUGCGGGUGGCUCCAUCGCCCUGUCUGGCGGUGUUUCGCAAGAAGGCCUUGGGGGCACGAUUACGUUGAGCGGCGGCACGUCCAUGCUAGCCACUGGUGGCAAACUCUCGCUUACGUCGGGCACUUCCACCCAAAGCGGCAGUGGCAGUGUGUCGUUGCAGUCUGCACCCAGUGGAUCUGCGGGACCGUCCGGGCUUUUGUCAUUCACCACUGGAACUGCCUCGCUGGGCUCGUCUGGUGGAAUUGUCCUGUCCACUGGUGCGGCAACGAAUGGCCAUGCUGGUGCGGUUUCUGUCGCGGUUGGUUCGAGCGACCAAGGCGACGGCAGCGCGUUGUCACUGUUGGCUGGAUUAACGUCGGCUCCUGCUUCUGCAGGCGGAACUGUGACUGUAAAAGGUGGUGACGGAACGAGCGACAACCAAGGCAAAGGCGGUGACGGCGGCGUCGUGGCCAUUACCGGUGGAUUUAGCUAUGGUAUGUCGACAAACAACAAGGGGGGUGGGCUUACCAUGGCGGCCGGCAGUGCCAACAUGGGCUCUGGAGGCGAUGUGACCGUACUUGCGGGUGGAUCGCAGCAGUUUUCGUCGGGAUCGAUCAUGAUUGCUUCGCCUCCGUCAGGAUCUAUGGGGGCCAGUGGUGGCAUCACCCUGACCACCGGUUCGUCGAGUGCGUAUUCCUCUGGAGGGUUUAAAUUGUCGUCGGGUGCGGCGACAGCGGGGGCUGGCGGGUCUGUCCAGGUCACCGUUGGCCCUGGCAUGUUUUACGACGGCGGCGGCAUUAGUUUGGUGGCGGGCGAAACCACGUCUCAAGGUCAAAUGGGUGGUACCGUGCAAAUUUCCGGUGGUAUUGGGUCUUCACCGAAUGCAAUGGACGGCGGCGACGGUGGGAACGUUCAGAUUCAAGGUGGUGCGGGGUACGGUACCAACUCUUUGGACAACGGUGGUGCAGUGACCUUUACCGGUGGUACCGCUACAUCUGGUUACGGUGGCACCGUGACAGUGACGUCGGGCACUGGGAUGUCGUCCUCGUCCGGAACGGUUGAACUUCGAUCGGCGAAUGCGGGAGCUCGAGGUGUGAGCGGGUUGUUGUCGUUGCAAACUGGAACUUCUAGUUUUGGCACCACUGGGUCCCUUACUUUGAGUACAGGCAAAGCCACUGCUGGAAAGGGUGGACAUUUGGCUUUACUUGUGGGCGAUGGUGACACGGGGGAAGGCGGGCACGUUGUCGUGGCUGCUGGGAUGACCACGGAUACCCAAACCGGAGGCUAUGUGUCAGUGAGCACUGGCUACAGCUACCAAACGUCCAGCGGAGACCUUUCGUUGAGGACUCCAAAUUCUGGCCAAAAUGGAGUGUCUGGUUCCAUGUCCCUUUACACGGGUACUUCGAGCGCGGGGACGACGGGAGCGUUGCUUCUUGCUUCGGGCACUGCUGUUGGUGGUCGUGGUGGUGACAUUGUCAUGCUUGUUGGCACUGGUGAUACGGGUGAUGGUGGCGAAGUUGCCAUUACUGCCGGGGAAACCACUGCCCGUGUUUCUGCCGGUGGUGCUGUGAGUAUUACGGGGGGUGAAGGCACUAGUACGUUUUAUGGCGGCGGUGGCACUGGCGGCUGGGUCAACAUUUACGGUGGCGCGGCUCAAGGCGCCAACAAAAACGACAAGGGUGGGUUCGUGCACGUUGAGGGCGGGUACUCGCGAAGUGGUCGCGGCGGUGGCUUUUGGCUCCAAACUGGCUACGGCGAAGCCACGUCCAGUGGGGACAUUCAAAUGUCCACUGCAAACGCUGGCACCAAAGGCGUGAGUGGCAACAUUCAGCUGUUUUCGGGGACUACUAGCGCUGGUACUAGUGGUUCGAUUGCAUUGGACACGGGAACGGCCGUCAAAGGUGCUUCCGGAUACAUCUCGGCACGUGCGGGCGUGGGUGACACUGGAGUUGGAGGCCAUGUCUACGUGUCUGCCGGUCGCACAACGGACAAGCAAUCGGGCGGUUCGGUUUUUGUCACGUCGGGCUUUUCGGAUCCAACUUCGAGUGGGGAUAUCAAGGUGUCUACCGUAAACGCGGGCAUGUCGGGUGUUUCGGGUUUCAUUUCGCUUCAAACUGGAACUUCUAGCGCUGGCACCACUGGUAUGGUAAAUGUCCUCACGGGCAAUGCGACCAAGGGCGCGGGUGGCAACAUCACUAUUAUCGUGGGCUCUGGCGACACGAAAAGCGGUGGUAGCGUCAUUGUCUCUGCCGGGGAAACCAAAGGUAUGAACUUCACCUCUUUCGGACUGAGAAGUUAA